UCAGAAAACCCUGUAGCGAACGUUAUUCGCAAAACAAUGAUAGCUACAGCGAAAUCAUGUAUGAACCAUGUAAACGCAACUCAAGAAGAUUUGGAAUAUCUUCGUAAAGAUCCUCCGUAUCCUGAAAAAUCGUCGUGCAUUAUUAUGUGUUUAUUGGAAAAGGUCGGCGUUGUUAAAAAUAACAAGUAUUCAAAAUCAGGUUUCAUGAUGGCUGUAUCGCCUCUGGUGCUUGCUAAGAAGAAGACAUUGGAACACAUGAGAACUGUAUCCGAAAACUGCGAUAUGGAGGUCAAUCACCAUGACAUAGCAGCAUGUCAGUUGGGUAAUGAAAUUAUCACUUGCGUAUAUAAGUACGCUCCUGAACUGCAUAUGAAGAGUUAA